AUGGCGGACGAGGCGAUUGCCAGCCACUACCAGGUUCUCGAAGAACUGGGUCGUGGCAGUUUUGGCGUAGUGUACAAAGGUAUCGAGAAGGCGACAGGCGAUAUUGUGGCCAUCAAGCAUAUCGACCUCGAGUCUACCGACGACGACAUCCAGGACAUACAAGCCGAAAUCUCUGUCCUGAGCACAUGCGCGAGCUCCUUCGUAACACAAUACAAGGCAUCUUUCCUCAGAGGCAGCAAGCUAUGGAUUGUCAUGGAGUACAUGGGUGGAGGUUCCUGCCUUGACCUCCUCAAGCCGGAGCCAUGCGUCUUUGCUGAGGCCCACAUCGCCAUCAUCUGCCGUGAGCUGCUCCGCGGGCUUGAAUACCUUCACGCCGAAGGCAAGAUCCACCGCGACAUCAAGGCUGCCAAUGUGUUGCUCUCCGAGAGCGGCAAGGUCAAGCUGGCCGACUUUGGAGUCGCCGCGCAGCUUACAAACAUCAAGUCGCAGCGCAACACGUUUGUCGGAACCCCGUUCUGGAUGGCACCCGAGGUUAUUCAACAAGCUGGUUACGACUUCAAGGCGGACAUCUGGUCCCUGGGCAUCACUGCGCUUGAGAUGGCCAACGGCGAACCGCCGCACGCCAAUCUUCAUCCCAUGAAGGCGCUCUUUCACAUUCCCAAGAACUCACCUCCUCGGUUGGAAGGCAACUUCUCCAAGGAAUUCAAGGACUUUGUGUAUCAGUGCCUGAUGAAAGACCCCGAACGGAGACCAUCUGCCAAGGAAAUGCUGAAGCACCGCUUCAUCAAAUCAGCUGGCAAGGUCGAAUCUCUACAGGAGCUUGUUGAACGUCGUCGCUCUUACGAUGCUGGCCUGACAAGGCGGAAGAACCGGGCCUUCUACCAGGAGACUCUCCGCUCUAUCUCGCCCAAGGACGAGCAGGACGAGUGGGUAUUCGACACUGUCAAGUCGGUCGCCCCUAGACGGCCAACAGUCAGAUCUAGAAAGCCAUCCUCUAUUUUCGCCUGCGAAGACGCGAUGCGCAAGCUCGACGUCAAGGAUGGUCCGCUCCAGCCUACUUCUCCCGCUUCUGGCACAGUGCGCAGGUCGACCGUGCGGAAGCAGCCCUCGCUGGCCCAGAUGUCUGGCACGGGCUCGGUUCGUGGGCCCCCAGCACCAGCUUUGCGGCGGCCCUUGCAGCCAGACAUGUCCUUUGGCAACUCGGGCUCCUCCCAGCGCCUCUUCCGGCGCGUGCCUUCAGACUCAUCAACGUCCGGUCACGUCUCGGGUACCAACUCUGGCGACGAGGCUGGAGACGAGAACCGCCAUCCAAAUGCCGUCGAGGCGAACAGCAAAGAGGCGCUACUUGGGCGCAGGCUCUACUCCAAGGCUCUUGAGCCGACGUUGGCCGAGCUCCAUGCUCAAACGUCCUGCAUGGUCAAACGGGAGGCGUUGGCGAAGCUCUCGGAUGCCUUUGCCGUUCUUAACGCUGUGGACCCCGAGGGUGCCCAUCAUCUCUUAAGAGGUCUCACCCUGUCCAUUGCGGAGGACUCAAAGCUGAACACCGCAUACCUGGCAAACAACACAUCGGGCAAGGAUACGCCAGAGAGCCAGUCGCCCAUGGGUACGGUGAUCAUCAAGAGCACGCCCACAAACCAGAGCCCCACAAAGCUGGUCAUCGCGCCCAACAACCCACACCUGAAAAACCACCGACGUAGGCAGGAAAGUCUUGCCAUCGAUGGCAACGGCAGCCCUACCAAAUCUGCGGGGCGCGAACGGAACUCCGAGAAAGCGGCGCUCCAAGCCAAGUUCCCGGGACGGGAGCCCGAACCUGGCAUGGAGCACUGCAAGCAGCUCUCAGAUGUGCUCUACAGCCGAUGGGUUGACGGCCUUCGCCUUCGCUGGCCCGCGGCUUAA